UUCAGCUUCUGUCACGGCUCCUCGCCACGAUUGCUUCCUUUCACCUUUACCAUUCAAAGUUUUAGCACACCACCGUUCAUUGAUUCUUCUUCAUUGCUGCUUCUCAAAUCUAUUAUCUUUUCCACUGCUGGUUUUCCAGAUUACACCGACUUGUGUCAGAAAUGGCUCUUGCAUGUUCCCGAGUAUCUUCCUUUUCUCUUUCGCCCAUUGGUGCGGGUGGUCUCCCAAUAAAUCACACUUCUUUGCGUUCUUCGUCUCUGAGUCUUGCGAAGAUCAGAGGACGCCGAAGAAAUUUCAUGGUCAGGGCGUCGCCUCAGGCGAACUCUGCAGCCACUGCCGUUAUUUUCGAACCAUUUCAGGAGAUCGAGAAGGAGGUUCUUGCUGUUCCCAUUUCCCCUCAAGUUUCGUUGGCUCGCCAGUUCUACCAAGAUGAAUGUGAAGCUGCCAUCAACGAGCAGAUCAAUGUGGAGUACAAUGUUUCCUAUGUGUACCACUCCAUGUUUGCAUACUUUGACAGAGACAACGUUGCUCUGAAGGGCUUUGCCAAGUUUUUCAAGGCAUCAAGUGAAGAAGAAAGAGGUCAUGCUGAAAAACUUAUGAAAUAUCAGAACGAUCGUGGUGGACGAGUGUUACUUCACCCUAUCAAGAAUCCUCCCUCGGAUUUUGAGCAUGUUGAAAAGGGGGAUGCUUUGUAUGCUAUGGAAUUAGCUCUGUCUUUGGAGAAGUUAACAAACGAGAAACUGCUGAAUGUGUACAGUGUUGCAGACCGCAACAAUGAUCCUGAAUUGGCCCACUUCAUUCAGAGCGAGUUUCUCCGUGAGCAGGUUGAAGCAAUCGAGGAGAUAGCGAACUAUGUGGCUCAAUUGAGAAUGGUUGGCAAGGGUCACGGCGUGUGGCACUUUGAUCAAAGACUUCGUCAUCAUGCGUGAGGAAGACAAGGGAUGACCAGUUUGGUCUUGUGAUUCUCAGACGAUUGCUUUGCUCUAGUUUGGCUUGUCGGUUUGCUGUUUUCGUGUUUGCAGGAUGUUGAAAUUAGUGCGGCUAGGUGGUUUAUUAAUUAACGGUGAGAACUGGAAUGGAAAUAAUAGUUCUACGCAAUCGCCUUGGGUUAGAAAUGAAAAUCGCCGUUUCAAUCGUGCA